AUGAACUUUCCGCCGCCCUCCUACGUGCGCCAGAACUACCACCCCGCCUGCGAGGCCGAGGUCAACCAGCAGAUCAACCUGGAGCUCUACGUCUCCUACGUGUACCAGUCCAUGGCCUUCUACUUCCAGCACCACGAAGUGGCCUUGCAUCACUGCGCCCAGUUCUUCCAGCAGCGGUCUCUGAAGGAGCGGGAACAGGCCGAGAGGCUGAUGUGGCUGCAGAACGAGCGCGGCGGCCGCGUCCUCCUGGGCGAAAUCCACCGGCCGCAGCAGGAUGAUUGGGGGAGCAGCCUGAGCGCCAUGGAGUUCGCCAUGCGCCUGGCGAGGAGAGUCAACCAGAGCCUGCUCAAUCUGCACCAGCUGGCCGAGGAGAAGACAGACGGGCAACUGUGCGACUUCCUGAGGCGUUAUUUCCUGAGCGAACAGGUGGCGUUCAUCAAAGAGUUGGGGGACAACAUCACCAGCCUGCGCAAGAUGGGAGCCCCAGACUCGGGCCUGGCCGAGUACCUCUUUGACAAGCUCGCCCUGGGCGCCAGCAAGAAGGACUGA